AGUCAUCAUCUGUUGAUCUGUCUGUAGUCUGCUUAACCUUACGUUUUGUUUUUAUUUGGACUAUUGGAGAAUGUCAGUGUCAUAACCUUGAUAAGUUUGAAGCCGAGUGGUUAAGACAUGAUAAGAGAGUUUUGUCUUUGUAAGUUUAAAGACACUUAAGUUUAUCAGUAGUUUGGUUGUGCUAGUGAUAGUAAGUAUACGUAAUAUCUUAUGUUACCGGUAACUAAGUGAUUCAAAUCAACUUUAUUUUCUGGUCUUUAUUGUAAAAUUAAAAUUGGUUUGAACAUUUGGAAUUUUGCGUUGACGAUCUUGGAAAGCUAUUGAAUCACAAAAAUGGGUGGUAAAUAUUCGUCAAUGGAUCCCAUGGAAAUAAAAGUUCCUCAGCUUGAUUCUAUGCUCGAACGAGAUCCUUAUUUGAAACCCUAUGAAAGAGAAUACCGACGCAGAUACGCCUGUUUUCUGGAUUAUGUUGACAAGAUAUCUGAGGGCGAAGGAGGGUUAGAAAAUUUCACUCAAGGUUAUAAAUGGUUUGGGAUACAUAUCAACUCAAAUAAUUCAGUCACAUGCAGGGAAUGGGCCCCAGGAGCAGAGGAGGUCUUUUUAUUUGGAGACUUCAAUCAGUGGAAUAAGUUUUCUCAUCCUUAUAAAAAGUUGGAAUAUGGAAAGUGGGAACUCCAAAUUCCACCAAAUGCGGAUGGGUCAUGCCCAGUCAAUCACCUCUCUGAAGUUAAGUUGGUGAUUCGCACCAAGAAUGGUGAUUUGGUAGAGAGACUAUCUCCCUGGGCUACUUAUGUGGUACCUCCUCCGCGCAGUGAAGGGUUCACUUACAAACAACGUAUCUACCACCCCCCUCCGACACAAAAAUACAUGUUUAAACACCCAAAGCCCAAACGUCCGGCGAGUCUGCGAAUCUACGAGUGUCAUGUGGGGAUCGCUUCUUCUGAGGGCAGGGUCGGACAGUACAAAGAGUUUGCUCAGAAUAUCAUUCCACGCAUAAAGAAACAAGGAUACAACACUAUUCAGCUGAUGGCAAUUAUGGAACACGCAUACUACGCCAGCUUUGGAUAUCAAGUGACUAGCUUCUUCGCUGCCUCCAGCCGGUACGGCACACCAGAUGAGCUCAAGGAGCUAGUAGACGUGGCUCAUGCUCACGGCAUCUACGUGCUACUCGAUAUGGUUCACUCCCACGCUUCCAAGAACGUACUCGAUGGACUGAACCAGUUCGACGGUACUAACAGCUGCUACUUCCACGAUGGAGCCCGUGGAGAACACUCUCUCUGGGACAGUCGCCUGUUUAACUACUCUGAGCAUGAAGUUCUGCGUUUCCUUCUCUCAAACCUUCGAUGGUACAUUGACGAAUAUGGAUUUGAUGGAUUCAGGUUUGAUGGAGUGACGUCCAUGCUGUACCACUCUAGAGGAAUCGGUCAGGGGUUCAGCGGACAUUAUGAUGAAUAUUUCGGUCUCAACGUAGACACGGAAGCCAUAGUUUAUCUGAUGCUGGCCAAUCAUGUGCUUCACAAGCUGAACCCUGAGUUGACCACCAUUGCUGAGGAUGUAUCAGGCAUGCCUGGUGUCUGUCGGCCGGUGGAGGAAGGUGGCGUAGGAUUUGACUACCGUCUUGCGAUGGCGAUCCCAGACAAGUGGAUCAAGCUGCUCAAGGAAACGUCCGAUGAAGACUGGGAGAUGGGGAACAUCGUCCACACCCUCUCCAACCGUCGCUGGAUGGAGAAGACUGUGGCGUAUGCUGAAUCUCAUGACCAGGCACUGGUAGGAGACAAAACCCUAGCAUUCUGGUUGAUGGACAAGGAAAUGUACACUCACAUGUCUACCCUAUCCGACCCUUCACCCAUCAUCGACCGAGGACUCGCUCUUCACAAACUCAUCCGACUGAUCACCCAUGCUCUCGGAGGGGAAGGAUGGCUUAACUUUAUGGGUAAUGAAUUUGGACACCCAGAGUGGCUGGACUUUCCCCGAGCCGGCAACAACGACUCUUAUCACUACGCAAGGAGACAAUGGAACCUCGUUGAUGAUGAAAUGCUAAAGUACAAGUUUCUCAAUAAUUUUGAUGCAGCCAUGAACAAGCUUGAGGAGAAAUACGGUUGGCUCCACAAGGAUCCUGGCUUUGUAAGCUGGAAGCACGAAGAAGACAAAGUCGUUGUGUUUGAGCGUGCUGAACUAUUGUUUGCCUUCAACUUUCAUCCAACCAAGAGUUUCACAGACUACAGGCUAGGGGUGGAUCUGCCUGGAGAUUACAGAGCCGUGCUCAACUCUGACGAUCCUCAGUUUGGGGGACACAACCGCAUAGACACCUCUGUUGUCCAUGUCUCCGACCCUGAGGGCUUUGCUUGGAGGAGAAACUACAUUCAGGCUUACCUUCCAUCCCGUGUUGUUGUGGUUUUCGCCAGGAAUUAGUCCUCCAAUGUCACACUGUGGUUAUAGAUGACACAGCAGUCAGUUUCUGGACCACUAAGGUUUUAUUAUCUUUGCUAGAUUAUAUUAAUUUUUCUUAAAGAAGACUGGUAACACAUUACCAAAACGGGUAGAUCAAAAAGAUCAACAAGUCUGAAAAAAUUCUCCAUAGAAUCGCAUAAUUAGUAUAUGACAAAUAUUAAAUUUUUGAAAAGCUAGAGUAGAGAACAUAUUUUUAUAUACUUUACAAUUGUUACUGAAGAGCAUUUAACAACUAAGCCUUCCCAUGAAUUAAAAUUUUGAAAAUGUUGUUAAUAUUUUUCUUGUUUUGUUUUUACUAUUGUUGUUUGUUUAUUCAUAGAGUAUUUAGAAUUCGUUGUUCAUUUAACAUUAGUAUAACUAUCAUGAGAAUGUUGAAAAUAUAUAAUGAAUAUUAUUUGUUAGCCUUUUUAGUGUACUUUUAUAGCCAUGUAGAUUCAAGUAUAUCUUUGUUGAGAUUUGUUAUGCUUUAAAAUUAUAUUUUUGUUAUGAAAUUCUAGCUUUAGCUCAAAGUGUUCUUAUAGAUUUUUCUGAUGUUAUUCAUGAAAGUUAUGUGCCUUAAACAUUUUUCAACCAAUUUAAGACUGAGAGAAAACAUGUACAAUUUAAACAAGGUAAUGUUACAAAUAUAUACAAUGUCCUUCUUAUAUUUAACAUAAUUAUUACUACUUACAUGUUUGUUUUCAAAAGUAAAUUUUCCUGUUGCACAAAAUGCCAUGGUUAAAAAGGGUUUUUUAACCAUAAGUUUACACACUGAGGACUAGUUUCAGGUUUCAGGGACUACCAUUUUCAUAUAUAAGGAUUUUUGGUAAUUCGUUUCCAAACCAAUCCUUUAUCAGUCAUUAUGUCUUUUCAAAUUUUCCCUUACACUCAGCCAAGUAAAAAUAAAACCUUAAAGAAAUCUUAGAAUUGUUUACAGAUUUUCAAACAAUUUAUUUGUGGUUUUACUGUUUGUUUAGAUUAUUUGGCAGCUUGAUUUACCUAUCUAAGCUCACUGAAUGUGUCUUUCAUCCUCAGUGGGUUAAAAUAUAAAUCAUUGAAUAUUUCAUGAUAAUUGUUAGUUAUAACUUAGUGUAAACUUACACUGUUAAGUGUGGACACCUUGUCAACACACUGUAUGUGAUCAAAUCAUCUUGUCAGGGAUUGAUAGAAAUUGACAUUUUGAUUGAUGAUUGAACUACUGAGAAGUUACCUCUUUUUUGGAAUCGGCUGUGUUUUUCACCCUUACAAAAUUUCAUGAAACUUUAGUUUUGUAAGUUAGAGUACUCUUUUAUUGAUUUAUCACCCAGAACUUUGAUUAUUUUCAUGGCCGAAAAUAACACUCUGGGGGUUUACGGUUACCUCAACAAUAAAAAAAUAAACAUAAGAAAUGCUCAGUGAACAAAUAAUACUCUAAGCUUAUUUACUCAAAAGUUCCAUUAAAGGAGGAUUAUUUUUCCUGAAAAUUUGCUUUGUGAAAUGGCAAUUAGUCAAUUUCUAUCAAAUCUAUCUUUUCCGAAAAAUUAACAUUCUCAUAAAGAUUUAAGAAACUAGCUUUAUAGUAGUUAAUAUGAAUAGACUAGUUUGUUAUACAUUUGCAGCUUGUAUUGCAUGUGCCAUAUUAUUCAAUAAAUAAUUUUUAUAAAUUAA